UCAUAAAAUGAUAUCGACAACCUUAAUUAAAUUUUGUGAAUAAAUAAACUAAAUUUCGAUAUAUAAUACGAAUAUUUAAAAUAAAUUAAAUAUUCCGACACAACUGCAAACUGAAACCGGAAGUUUAUAUUGCCUGAGCAACAGCAACCAUUUUGGUCAAGCUGCAUCAUUUGAAACGUAAACAACAUUAAUUAAGUAAUUCAAAUUCUUCACCAUGAGCCGGCUUUACGACACAGUGGAGCCAUCAGUUAUUGACGAGGACAUGCUUCAAAAAGCUGUUGAAGAACAGGGACCAAAGGAUGAAGCAGGAAAGAUUGCUAAAGCUGAAGGAAUCGACUUUGCAGAUGUUACCUCCUUAAGAUUAGAAUUUCUAAAUAUCCUGGAGAUUGACAAUAUGUGGAGUUUUGAGAAUCUCACCAAACUUCAGCUGGAUAACAACAUCAUAGAGAAAAUCAAGGGUCUGGAUGAACUGGUCAAUCUUGUGUGGUUAGAUCUCUCCUUUAACAACAUAGAAAUGAUUGAAGGACUGGAUAAGCUUACCAAACUUCAAGACUUGACCCUCUACAAUAACCGCAUCUCACGCAUUGAGAACAUGGAUGCCUUGACGGGGCUUCAUGUUCUCUCUCUGGGAAAUAACAACCUAGUAGAACUUGAAAAUGUGCUGUAUCUGAGGAGGUUCAAGGAACUGCGAACAUUGAAUUUGAUGGGGAAUCCAUUCUGUGAGCGACAGGACUACAAGAACUACGUGAUUGCCUACAUCUCGUCCAUCAACUUCCUUGACUAUAGGCUCAUAGAUGAGCAAUCCCGUACUGCAGCCAUUGAGCCGUACCACCUGAACAUAGAGGAGACAAUGCACAACGAGCGCCAGGCAGAGCUGGCCAAAGAGAGUGAGGGGAAGAGGGCGGUGGAGGAAGCCACACACAGGGAAGCCUAUGUGGAUGGCCUGGAUGGUCCUGAGCUGUUUGAAGGCAUGUAUGCUGAUGACACAGAGGGCAAGAAGCUCAAAGAGAUGCCAGGAGUGGAUGACCUCAUGGCAACAUUUAGGGAGAAGUUUGUUGGAAUCUGCAAGCAGAUAUUUGACUAUGGCCUCCAAGAGAACAACAAACGGCAGGAAGAAGUGAACCAGUUUUGGGAGUGUGCCAUGGAAGCGAAAACUGAAAACAAGGAUACUGGCAUCGCCCACAUUGAAAACUUCAUGAAGAUGAAGAAGAAGAUGUUUGCUGAGCUCAACCAUGUCUCUGACAACAGUCUGCUGGAGCAAAGGGUGAAGGAAUAUAACAAGGAGGUCACGGAACUCUGGGACAAACUGAUGGCUCUUGAGCUGCAACUCGUAGACCAGUUUGAGGAAAUCAUCAAAGAAUUUGAGCGCAACCUGCAAGACAUGGGUUCAACCGUCAUUGAGAAUGUACAAGGAUACCUGUCUCAGUGCCGUGACCUUGAAAACGCCCACCACGAACGCAUGCUGGAGAUUGCAAUCAUCACCCUGGAGAAAGUCGUCAAAAAUGAACUGGACGAUGAAAUUUCAGAUGAUCUUCGGAAUCUGUUUGUAGACAAAGACACAAUAAUAAAUGCAGUGACUUCAUCCCACGAUGUUCACCUGCUAAAAAUAGAUAACAAAGAGGAUGAUAUUGUCACCAGAAUCAACAACUGGAUGAAAACCACGAUAGAAAAGAUCCAUUACGAACAAGAAGUAAAACGAAACAGAGACCGUGUAGCAGAAAUAAACAAUUUAAUUGAUCACUUGAGAGACGAGAUUGAAAACUUAGAUGCGUUACAAGGGGCUGGAUAUUAAGACAUGAUGAAAAUUGUGGUUUACUUAAAGUGAGCAAGUUGUUUCAAGCGCAUUUUCUGGACUGAAAUGUAUGUAUGGAUAUUGAAGGUUACAAUUGUUUGGCAUAUUGAUGACCUCAAAACAGUUCAUCUUACUAUUGCCGUUGUCUAGAACAAUGGUGAUCAUUAUCUUACUGCUCCGAUUUCCCUCUGGCUGUGCAUUAAAAUUCUAAAUUUCAGUGCAAAGGAUUAUUAACAAAAUCGUCACAAGCUACUGCCAAAUAAUUUGUUACAGUUUGUUGCUUAUUUGAUAUGAAAUAAAACUUUGUUGUAAAUUAAGUACCCAUUCUUGGAUUUUUCACCAGAAUGUACAAGUAUUGAAUGACAGAUGAAUUGUAUGUGUAAUUUCUGGUACUAAGUUUACAUAUUUAUAUAUAUUCAUCAAGUAUUGUAUGACUUGUACAGAAUGUUUUCUACCUGUGAUACUGUUAAAGUAAAUAAAUGGUACAAAAUGA